CAUGAAUUGAGCUUAAGCUGACUGCUCUGACGAAGGAAGUCGUAUGCAGUUGCAAUGAGGUGAAUCAUUAACCAAAGCAGAAAUUAAAGCAGAAAAACCAAAAUCCAGAAAAUACACUUACAAUAAAGAAGCAGAGCGCUGAAAACUAGUCACCCUGACAAAAAGUCUAACAUCUGGGACUCCCAUCAACUGUGUGUGUAUGCGUAGCGUGGAUUGAAGCUCUGUUGCUCUCAUUUUACAGUUUGGCUUAGCAGUCACCAACUUCCUUCAAUACACACUUGGCACUUAACUGAGUAUAUAGAGAGCGAAUAUGACGAAAAGAGAGAGAUUAUUUCACGAAUGGUUCAAUCUGUUCGCACUGAUCUGGCUGAUCAUUACGGAAAUCUGUUUCAAUGCACACUGCUUGAAGGAUCUGAAGAUUUUCGUGCCUGAGGCGGUUAUUAUGGGCAACGCAGCGACACUUUCAUGUCAAUACGAUCUGGAGCAGGCCGCUCUCUAUUCUGUCCGCUGGUACUUCGGCACUGAGGAAUUCUAUCGUUAUGUCCCUAAGGAGACGCCACCCACAUUGGUUUUUCCGGUGUCUGGCAUUAAUGUCGAUCUCACAAAUUCCGAUGCCACAUCUGUCACACUGAAGGGUGUCAACCGCGAGCUAACCGGCAACUACCAGUGCGAAGUGUCCGAAGAUGCGCCGCUCUUUCACACCGACAUACGUGCGGCACACAUGCAGGUCAUCGAACUGCCCAAAGAUGAGCCAGCCAUGCAGGUGGAUAAGAAGGUCAUUACACUGAAUGACAAUUUCAAGGCUGUGUGCACGGUGGGACCAUCAUAUCCGCCGGCGAACAUAACUUGGUACAUGAAUGGACGUAAGAUCUACAAAACUCCCUUCCAGCGCAUCAGUCAUGUCGCCCACGAAGGUUCCGCCACAUACUCUUCCCUCGAAAUCUAUCCACAUAGUCAAGUGUUGCAGGGCUUCUUCCAGACCGUGCCCAAAUACCAGACCACCAGCAUAUUGUUGCUCUGCGAAGUUUCCAUAUUGCAUGUGUUCCAUAAGAAUGUGCAACAACGUUUACUACUCAGCGUUACGCCGCCCACCACCAUCUCACCCAAUCUGCUCGGCUUGGAGGGUUCAAAGCGCAUCAAUGGCGGCGAUCCAGACAACUCGGCGCUUACAGGCGGCGGCAGCAGCAAUCUCAACAGCAGACAGCGACGGAUAGAUGUGCUGGCGGCGGUUAUCGGCAUGGCAUUGCUGGCCAUCUUGGCGGUGGGCGUGCCUCAACACAGUGACAUAAUGAUUGGUGUGACGACAGUAGCGGCGGCAGCUGGGCGACAAGUAGUGCGUCAGCUGUGACCUCAAAAUCGUAGCACGUAAAUUGAUGGCAAAUAAAUUGCAACAAUUGCUAAGUAAAUAAUGGUAGUUAUUGCUAAAGCAAUAACAAAAGCAACAAAAAAGAGAGAAAAAAAAAACAAAAACCCAAAAAUUGUCGUUAUUAAAUGCUAACAACGGCAUACAAACUACAUACAUACAUACGUAUAUACAAAUAGAGCAAACUGUUCAUUGAAUGCAAAAACAAAGGCAACAACAAAUAAUAAAAAAACUAGCUACAAUGGAAAACCACAACAAAAACCGAAUCACAUUGGCAAACAAUGAAAAUUGGUUUUGCUCACAAAAUUUAAUUGUGGAAAAAAUAGAAGAAGAAGAAGAAAAAAAUUAGUUU